AUAAUUUUUUUUGUAUAUGUUACAGGUGAGGAUAGCUUCCGUCCGAUGUCUUCACUCAUUGUCAAGGUCUGUUCAACAACUAAGAACAACAUUUCAGGAACACACCAUUUGGGAACCACUGCUUGAUAUUAUAAAUAAUGAUCCUUCUAUAGAGUUUCUUGUUGUAGUAACUGCCACGCUUUGUAAUCUUCUUCUUGAAUUUUCUCCAGCAAAAAUGGAACUUAUUAAUUCAGGAAUUAUAGAAAAACUAUCGAAUUUAUCUGACCAUGAAGAAUCAUCAUUAAAGUUAAAUUGUAUAUGGGCUUUAAUGAACUUAGCGUAUCAAUGCGAAGAUGAUAUUAAAACUAAUAUUAUUAACACAUUUGGUUUAAGAAGAAUCCUAAAGAUUCUUAAUGAAUCGAAUCAAAUAGUUGUUUUAAAAACGUUGGGUUUGUUAAGAAAUCUUCUUUGCCGUACCUAUCAUAUUGAACUAAUAAUGACAACACACUCGAAAGAUCUACUAGAUGGCCUUUGCAUAGUUUUAGAAAAUAAUUAUUCACCUGAAAUAAAAGAGCAAGUGCUGUGCAUUCUAGCAAACAUUGCAUCAAUGAGUCACAAAGACUACAUAACAUCAAAUAGUAAUAUAAUGGACAUAGUUUGUGAGUUAUUGUUCAACUCCGAAACUAAACUUCAGAACGCUGCUUUAUACGUUGUAAAUAUUGUAAUGCAAUGUAGCGACGGUUGGUUUAUAAAUGCAUACACGGACAACUGUUACAAAACUAUUUUUAAACGUUUAGAUGAGUUAUAUAAAUCCCUCUCUGUUAUAAAACCACAGAGUGAUUAUGUUUGUAGAAUUUUAAAAGAAAUUGUUAUUAAAUGUAAUAAAAUGUACCCUGAAGUUUUUAACUAGUUUUAAUAAAUAUAUGUUUAUUAUAUUAACUAACACA